CAUGAAAGAAACCCCCCUCCCCACAGGACAGCCACUGACUCACUGACAGUGAGCAGCACUGUCGACAUUGGAGGCCAGUGAUGUCAGUGCCUCUAAUUGUAUGUUCCGCUGCAGGCUGUGGUAAUAUUUUAGUCCGAGUGAAGACGCGGGAAGGGACACACUCUCUUGAAACUCCUGGAAGUAGAAAACCAUGGCUGUAACUGGGGAUGACACAGAAACAGUGAAAUGCUUCAGUGCUCUGCCCACGCAAAGCAAAUAGCAGUAGUUGCUGACGUCACUGCUGUUACUGGCUCUGCAGGUGAGCUCACUGGCACCAGCUCCAUCCUCACGCUGGCUGUGGCACAGACUAGCACUUACAGCUCUCAGAAGCCUUCCGAGGAUGUGUCACAGAAGAGGGAACAGCGCUUGAUGAAGAAUAGGGAAGCUGCCCGGGAGUGUCGACGAAAGAAGAAAGAGUAUGUUAAAUGCCUGGAAGAUCGUGUGGCGGUGCUCGAAAAUCAAAACAAGACUCUGAUUGAGGAGCUUAGAGCCAUGAAAGACAUCUAUCGACACAAAAUGGAGUGAUCUUUUUCCUCUGGAAGAUGGGAAGAAAAGAAAGGACGAACAUCCACAAAACCCACUGUAAAAAAGUUGUGCCAAACAAACCCCCAAAUCCCUGUUGUUUCAUUUGUGUGAUUUCAGUGUUUCUCUCACACACCAACAUCAGCUAACACAACAUGUCACUCUUCAAGAUCAUGUGUGUUGAAAGAAGGAUGAGAAAGAAUGAACCAUGCAAAGAUUCAAUUGUUGGGAAAUGUUCCUUGCCUGUGAUUGGCUGGCGACCAGAUCAGGGUUUUCCCUGCCUCCCGCCAGAAGCUAGCUUGGAUAGAUAGGCUCCAGCACACACACGACCCUUGUGAGGAUAAGCGGUACAGAAAAUGAAAUGUUCCUUGCAUCCACAUUGCCUCCACUUGCUGUAUAUUCUACUAUGUUACAUUCACAUUUGACCUUGAUUUGAUCCUAAGUAGGACAAAGCCAGGGAUUGUUGAUAUAUUCUUCAAUUGAGCUUUUUUUGAUGAUGAUUUUUUUUUUUUUUUAAACCAAACAUCCAAUGUAAUUUAGAUCCCCAGGGAUCAGUGCAGCACAAUGGGUGUUUAUUCUACAGUACUACUAUUCUUCUUAUUCAUUGCUCUGCUUUCCCCCUCUUGUGUUUAAAUACCAGUCAUUGGUUUGUUGGCUAAAAAGAAAGUGCAUCACAUCUCAUUUAGAGUCCCCUGGGGGCCUGGCCUGAGACAUGGAUGAUGCAGACACUGGGCACAUUCAGUCCCCUUGCCUCUACCUUGGGGACUGGUCGGGGCACUCCGGUCGGUCUCGGGGACCGCCCUAGGUCCUGGGGAGUAGGUGGCGUCUCCCUGUCUGAGUCCCCCGCGGCACAGCAACUCCAUACA